ACAAAUGCCAAAAGCCCGCAUCUUUGAAAAUCGAAGUCCACGAUAUGUCGGUAACUCUGACGCUGCCUACAUUCACUCUUGAGCUCGCAGAAGUAUAAAUAAGAUGAGAGAGCAACUCUUUUGGCACUGACAAGGGAUGUUGCUAGGACAACCAUGGAUUCGAUGAGGCUAUAUGGUGUGUUGCGGCUCGUGGUUUUGGCCAUCUUGGUGCUUCCAGCGGUGGUGUUGGGCGGCAGCGGUACACGGAGAUGCGAGUUUCCAGUAGUAUUCAACUUUGGAGACUCAAACUCAGACACCGGAGGAAGAUCUGCCGCAUUGUCAGAGGUUCAUCAACCCAAUGGAGAAACCUUCUUUGGACAUCCUUCGGGAAGGAAUUGUGAUGGCCGUCUCAUCUUAGAUUUUAUAGCCGAGGAGCUGAAAUCACCAUACCUGAGUGCAUACUUGGACUCGAUCGGGACGGAUUUCAGGCAUGGUGCAAAUUUUGCAACAGGUGGUUCAUCCAUUCGUCCAGGCGGGUAUAGUCCAUUCCAUCUCUGGAUUCAGAUUUCCCAGUUCAUGCGUUUCAAAUCUCAAACAGAAGCUCUGUAUAACAAUCAACUUGACCCUAGCAGAAAGAUGCCACCAGUCAAAAAAAGCAGCCUCCCAAGGCCUAAGGACUUCUCAAAGGCUUUUUACAUAUUUGAUAUUGGACAGAACGAUCUGUACUAUGGUUUUAAUUACACAACAUUAGAACAAGUUCGACUUUCCAUCCCUGAUAUCUUAAGCCAGUUGUCCCAAGCAGUGCAUCAAUUGUACAAGGAAGGUGCAAGAAUAUUUUGGGUACAUAAUACAGGCCCAAUCGGUUGCUUGCCAACAAGCGUUAUAAAUGACCGAUCUAAGCCUGGUAAUCUGGAUCAGAAUGGGUGCGUGAAGCCUCAGAAUGAGAUAGAUCAGGAGUUCAACAGGCAGCUCAAGGACAUGGUGUUUAAACUGAGGGCACAGCUCCCUGAUGUAGCAUUGACACAUGUCGACAUGUAUUCCGCUAAAUAUGCACUAAUCAGCAAUGCAAAGAAUGAAGGUUUUGUCGAUCCAUUUGAGUUCUGUUGUGGGACUUACUAUAUUGAUUGUGGGAGGAAAGAAAUAGUUUAUGGAACGGUUUAUGGUAAUCUAUGUCAGAAUCCAUCAAGGCACGUUAGCUGGGAUGGCAUACACUACUCUGAGUCAGCCAACCUAUGGAUUGCAAACCGAAUUCUCAAUGGCUCCUUCUCUGACCCACCAGUUUCAAUUCGGGAGGCUUGUUAUCAUCCCAAGAAUUUGUAAACACAUUGCAGUAUGUUAAUGAAUGCUGCUCGUAAUAAUAAUUAUUUUUGAAUGGUC